UCUUGCAUCGCCCAAAAUGGCGGACGUCGAAGCAAGCAGCGCAACGCUUCUCUCUACUGUAAAUAAUAGUACUACACCCGUUUCUGCGACCGAACCUAAAAAAGAAAGCACCGAGAAAGAUGAAGACUCUGAGCUUAACCUCGACAAGAAUUCAUUGCUCGCUGUUCUCAAGUUCCUGAAAAAGAACAAUCUUCAGGAGACCGAACUGAUCUUGAGGAAAGAGACGAAGAUCCAUCAACUUGAAGAAGAGGCCAACACAGAUGUGAGCAGCGUCUUGUCAACGUACAAAAGUGAGGGAGAUCCCGAUAUCUACGAGGACACAUACACCAACUUCAAACGGUUCAUUGAGUCUUCGCUGGACUCGUACCGGCACGAACUUUCCAUGAUUCUCUAUCCAGCCUUCGUCCACAUGUAUCUCGAACUUGUUUACAACGAGCACGAAGAGCAGGCAGCCAAAUUCAUGGAACGCUACGGGCGUGAACAGGAAGAAUACUACCAGGACGAUGUUAAACGUCUGGCCUGUCUUACGAAACGUGACCACAUGAAGGGAAACGAAUUCAUGGAUAACUUUCGUUCCGGACAGUUCACGGUGCGUAUGUCCAGGGACACUUACAAUUUUCUCAAGCGUUACUUACAAGACAAGAAGAAUGCGGUCAUCCAAAACAUCAUCCAAGAGCACCUCUAUCUGGAUGUUUACGAAGGCAUCGCUCGCAUGAAACAACAACUUGACGCAACAGCCGGGGCUUUCCUGGGAGAAGCCGCCAGACAGGCAAACAAGGUGAAAGUUUAUUACGGUCUCCUCAAGGAACCGGAGCUUCAUAUUCCCUUGGACGAAGAAGACGACGCCGUAAAUGGUGAAGACAAGCCCAAGAAGAAAAAGGCCAAGAAGGACCCCAUGCUAUCCAAGAAAUCUCGGAACGACCCAAAUGCCCCGCCAAACACCAGAAUCCCUUUGCCUGAACUGAGAGAUGCUGAUAAGCUAGAUAAGAUAAACGCCAUGAAAGAAGCCAUGAAACGAGUGAAACUUGGGCCAGAGAGCUUGCCUUCCAUUUGUUUUUACACCUUUUUAAACAGUUAUCACGGUGUGACAGCCGCCGACAUAUCGGAAGACAGCAGUCUUCUAGCAGCGGGCUUCGGAGAUUCGCGAAUCCGGGUGUGGAGUCUCACUCCGAACAAGUUAAAAGGCAUGAAAUCUGCGCAGGAUUUGGACACCAUCGACAAGGAAGCAGACGAUGUGCUUUAUCGCAUGAUGGACGAGAGGAGUGGCAUGGAGUCUCGUCUUCUGAUGGGUCACAAUGGAGCAGUGACGGCGCUCAGUUUCAGUCCAGAUCACAGCUAUCUCAUCUCCUCCUCUGAGGAUGCCACAAUAAGACUCUGGAGUCUGCUUACGUGGACCAAUGUUGUAUGCUACAGAGGUCAUUGUUUCCCAAUCUGGGACGUUAAAUUUUCACCCCACGGCUACUACUUCGUCUCGUGUGGACACGACCGGACGGCCAGGCUCUGGUCAACAGAUUCGUACCAACCGCUCCGGGUCUUUGCUGGUCACGUGUCCGACAUCGACUGCAUCCAGUUCCACCACAACUCCAACUAUGUGGCGACUGGUUCGAGCGACAGGACGAUUCGUCUCUGGGACGUUCUGACCGGGAGUUGCGUACGAUACAUGACGGGGCACAAAAACAGGGUUUAUUGUCUCCAGUUCAGCAAUGACGGUCGCUUCUUGGCGUCCGGUGGUUCCGAUUGCAAGAUUUUGAUCUGGGACAUAGCGCACGGACACUUGUUGGCUGAACUUUCGAGCCACACGAGUACAAUAUACAGUCUCUGCUUCAGUCGGGACGCAACAAUUCUCGCGUCCGGAGGAGUUGACAACUGCGUCAAGCUGUGGGACUUCACGAGACUCCUUGACGAGAUGGAUUUGGAAGACCUGAACAUUUCGCACGCACCCUCCGUGAAAACAAACUGCGAAUCGUGUCUUCUGGGGUCCUACCCGACAAAAUCGACUUCGGUGUUGGCCUUACAUUUUACGAGGCGGAACCUAUUGCUAGCAGCGGGAAUGUAUCACGGGAGUUUGUGAUUCCUCGGGAGAUGACUGUAUAGUGAGUGGUCCAAUCCAGUGAAUGAGACGAUAUUUGUUGAACCCUUUAAUGUGUCAGAAAAGUAUGGCUGGGUUUGAAAUCCACAAAAUAUAGAUUUUUGCAAUA